GAAGAAUUUCUGAAGAUAAUCUUCAGUAUUCAUCGUGACUUUGUUUUGGAUAGGAUUCAACAAAGAUAAUCCAAAAUGUUUUCUAAGGUCUUGUGCUUCGCGGUUCUCGUAGCUGUGGUGGGCGCCCAGGAAGCAGAGCGUGGGCACCAUGGGCACGGUGUGGCUCGGUCGGAAGUACACAUCAAGACGGUCCACCAUGGACAUGGCCCACAGCAUUGGGUGGAGACGCAUGGUCAUACGGAGCAUGGACACCAGCAUCACGGCCAUGAAAAUCAUGGGCAUGCCCGCUCGCAUGUACAUGUCUCGCGCCAUGAUAGCCCCGUGCAUGAACACCAUGAACCCGAACAUCAUACUCAUCCCAAGUACGAAUUCGAGUACCACGUAGAAGACCCGCACACUCAUGACAUGAAGAUGCAGCAAGAGCAUCGCGACGGCGACGUCGUCAAGGGCCGAUACAGCCUGCACCAGCCCGACGGCCACGUCAGGCAUGUGGAAUAUCACGCCGACAAGCACGGAUUCCACGCAGACGUAAAAUACAGCCAACAUCAUGGUCAUCAUCAUCAUAUGAAAAUGUCGAAACGAAGGAUCGAAGAAAGUGAAGAAGAUUAUUUAAAACGAAAAAUGAAGCGUUAUAAGAAGAAAUUGGAGGACAAUGAGUUACCGGAGGACACUGAAUUAAUAGAGGACGACCAGUUACCAGAGGAAUUUCUUCUUGCCCUCGGCAUACUAGAUCUCAAACAUCAAUUACCAAUUCGUAUUCGAACGUUCAACAUCCUUAAUUUUAAUUUUAAAAUGUAUUCCAAGAUAUUUGUGGUUGCCGCUACCCUGGCCAUAGCUCUUGCUCGACCACAAGAAGGGCACGGGCACAAUGAACAUGGACACGCGUACUCGUCUCAGAGCAUCGUUCUACACCAGAGUCACGGUCAGGAGCAUGGACAUGAGCAUGGGCAGGAGCAGCUUGGUCAUGUUCAGCUUGGCCAUGUGCAACUUGGUCAUGUGCAGCACGAGCCCGUGCAUCUAGUGUCAUACCACGAGCCCAUUCAUACUGAGUCACAUCACAAUCAGCACCACGCAGUCUCCUCACAGCACAUCCAGCGCCACGACGUGCCCGGCAAGGCGCCCGAAGGCCACCACGACUACUACGCGUACCCUAAAUACGAGUUCGAGUACAAGGUGGAGGACCCGCACACCGGCGACAAGAAGUCCCAGCACGAGUCCCGCGACGGCGACGUCGUGAAGGGCUACUACAGCCUGCACGAGGCCGACGGCACUGUCAGGACUGUACAUUACACUGCAGACCACAAGAAUGGAUUCAAUGCCCAGGUCCAGCGUGAAGGUCACGCCAAGCAUGUAGUACCGGCUCAUCAUCAUUAAUUUACGUUGUGGUUUCUAAACUAUUUUUGAUUUGUGUUUAUGCUUGUGAUACCUGAUUAUGUAGUAUGUGUUAUAUUAGUUUUACAACAUGUAAAUAAAGCUGUUGCUUCGAU